GCAAUGGUGGACACACUCUAAGUAUUCGCAGUCAGUUGAAAAUAUUUACUUAAACAAUCGACCGGUUGUGCAUGUAUAGCAGUAAUUUAAUUAUAAAUAUGUCAAAAAGUACCUGGAGAUCCAUUUCAUAGCCAUGGCCGCGUCUAGAAGAUUACAAGGUGAAAUUGAUCGAUGCUUAAAGAAGGUUGCAGAAGGUGUUGAGCAAUUUGAAGAUAUUUGGAAGAAGGUUCACAAUGCAAACAACACAAAUCAGAAGGAAAAGUAUGAGGCUGACCUCAAGAAGGAGAUUAAGAAGCUGCAGAGACUCCGAGAUCAGAUCAAGUCAUGGCUCACUUCUGGAGAAAUCAAGGACAAGACACAGCUCCUGGAGAACAGAAAACUUAUUGAAACUCAAAUGGAGAGAUUUAAGGUUGUUGAAAGAGAAACCAAAACGAAGGCAUACAGCAAAGAAGGUUUGGGUGCAGCACAAAACAAGGAUCCUGCGCAGAGAGAAAGAGAGGAACUUAAUCGAUGGCUCAAUGAAGCCAUUGAUAGUCUCAACAUUCAGAUCGACCAGUUUGAGUGUGAGAUUGAAGCUCUCUUAGUUGGUGGGAAGAAGAAGAAAGCUGACAAAGACAAGUCUGAAAGAAAUGAGGAAUUGAAAGCAUGGCUGGAGAAGCAUCGAUUUACCAUCAAGAAGUUGGAGAUACUCAUGAGAAUGUUGAACAACGAGACAAUCGACCCUAGCGUUGUUCGGUCCAUCAAAGAAGAUGUGGAUUACUAUGUGGACAGCAACCAAGAGCCUGACUUUGUUGAGAAUGAAAGCCUUUUUGACGACAUCGAUAUGGAGGACCUCGAUUACCCCACAGCAGAAAUAUCGAACGCUUUGGGAGGACUUGGAGGCGCGGACAGCACGGAAACUUCGACGCCAUCUCCGUCCGUUUGUGGUUCUUCGUCUUCUCCCGCGCCGUCUCCAGCUUCUUCGUCCAUAACUUCGAACAACAACGUCACAGUAAUCCCGGCAGUCUCGACGACGGUGGUGAUGCCCUCAUCAAACAGCACCAGCAAUGGGAACAGCAGCAACGCCCUCAACAACGCAGUACCUCCUCCACCUGCUCCAGCGUGUCCGAGCUCCACUUCUCACGCGCAGUCUACCAAUAAUUCCUCUUCAAUUACCACUAAUCAUUCCUACAGCGGUGGCAGUAGUGGAAGUAGCAGCAGCAGCAGUGGCAGCAGUGAAGCCAACUGUGUUGGUGGAAGUGGCAGCCAAGCCAACAACACCAACAGUGGCAGCAGCAAUAGUAGUAACACUAAUAGUAAUUUCGUUAAUAGUACCAGUAGCUUACAUCACAACGAGAGGUCCAACAAGAGGAACCACAAGGAUGAUUCCAGAACACCUGUGAAACCGGCGGCAGUGCGGCCUAACCCUACCAACAACAGCAGCUCGAGUAGCGGCAAGGGCGUUCAGCAUACGCCCACCAAACCCGUGCAAGGAUCUACAAGUUUGUCAACACCGAAUAAUAGCAGCACAAGUUCAGGGAUGUCAUACCUCGCUGCCUCCCAGCAGCAACAACUACUUCAUAAUUCAAAAAAUUCCACUGCCAAGAACAAAGACGCAAUCAUGUUGGUGCUCAACAACAACAAAGUCAGCAACAACAGCAGCAGCAGCAGCAACAACAACAACAGCAGCAGCAGCAACAACAGCAGCAGCAGCAGCAGCAGCAACAACAACAACAACAACAGCAGCAACAACAACAGCAACAACAGCAGCAACAACAACAGCAGCAGCAACAACAGCAACAGCAGCAGCAACAACAACAACAGCAGCAGCAGCAACAACAGCAACAACAACAUAAUGCACCACCACAUACAGCAGCCUCAGUCCCAACACCCGCAUAAUAAAGUUAUAAAUUCUUCCUCUGAAAAUGGAGCAACGUCUUUGAAAAAUAUUGCCCAGAAAAAAGUCAACGAGGUUUCGCACCAGUCCAGUCCAGCCGCCUCCUCCAGCAGUGUGAGCAACACAAGUGCCUCCUUAUCAGCGUCUGCUCCGAACAGCGCAUCUGUAGCGGCAGCAGCAGCAGCAGCGGCCGCGGCAGCUGCUGCUGCUGUCAACACCAGCGCCACUCCUUCCACCAUCUCAGUUGCCAUGUUCUCAACUUCUGUGACUGCUUCUACUACCACUACGUCUGCUGCGGGUGCGGCCGCUGCCACAGGAGAGGCGCACGUUCCACCAUUAUUAGGAGUUGCUCCUCUUGGCCUGACGCCCCUCACUGCGGACCAGGAACUUCAGUACAAGAGGUUACAAGCAGCAUCCAUGCACAUGCCACACCCUGCUGAUAGUGAACGUCUCAGGAUACACUUCCCAAGACAGCCCGUUACAACGCCUCCGCAUUUUCCUCAGGUUCCGCCUCCUCUAUCAGACACGGUGGACUUCUUCCAGAGACUGUCAACUGAGACGCUAUUUUUUAUCUUCUAUUACUUGGAAGGCACCAAAGCACAGUACCUUGCUGCCAAAGCUCUCAAGAAACAAUCUUGGAGAUUUCAUACAAAGUACAUGAUGUGGUUCCAGCGACACGAAGAACCCAAGGCAAUAACGGAUGAGUAUGAGCAGGGCACAUACAUUUUCUUCGACUACGACAACUGGGGCCAACGUAAGAAGGAAAACUUCACAUUUGAGUACAGAUACCUGGAAGACAGAGACCUCAACUGAGCCACAAGUCAUUGUGUAGCCAUUAGCUAUUUUUACGAUUUCAGAGGUUUUUUUUUCUUCCAUUCUGUUUUAGUAUUUUUUUUUAAAUUUGUUAUUAAGAAUAACAUGUAAGAUACUUUUUUCAUAGUAUAGUAAAUUAUAUUCUGUACUAUUAAAGAUUUUAUUUAUGAAUUUUCCUCCAUUUCAUCGAUGCGUAAUUUGUUGGCUACUCGUUCAAACCAUCAUUGGGUGUUUGGUUCAAGCUAUUGCUCAUCAAGUAACUCAUUACUUACAUCAAGUGACUCCCUCAUUACCUACAUCAAGUGACUCCCUCAUUACCUACAUCACGUGACUCCCUCAUUACCUACAUCAAGGGACUCACUCAUUACUUACAUCAAGUGACUCCCUCAUUACCUACAUCAAGUGACUCCCUCAAGCAGCGUCUAACCUCUACACUUCCAACUCGCAUUUGUUUGCUGAUCUUCAGCUAACCAAAACUGCCGAGGCGCUGCUAGUGAAAACAUUCACAUUACUUCUCUGAGUUUCAAGUUGGUGAAAUUUCCCAAUCAAAGGUGUCUAGCAAGUGGCAUUUCAGUGCUGUGUUGUGCUUUCGAAAUUCAACUGUGAAAGAACCGUAAUAUGAAUUCAGAUGAGCCUUGCUGCUUCCAUAAUAACUUUGCCAGUUCAACCUGUUACGUGACAAGGUUGUUCAGGUCAUAUUUUUUUUUGUGUUCACUUUUCCUACGUUAUUUCUUCGUCGGUUUUUACGCCGUUCUUACUAAAACAUUCAUUUCAAGUGGUUAGAAAAGAUAUUCUGAAAGUCGAAAAAUAGCUGAGUUGGUGAUAAUAAAAUGGGAGCGUGUUGAGCCCUUCGUAGCAGAAAUAAAUAUGAAUUACAAUAUCUUUUUGAGGAGCCCUUCGCUCUUGUGAUAACUUGAAGUCAUUGAGUUUCAGUUCUGUGAAGCUCAUGCUGUGUCGAAAUGAGCAUUCUUGCCCUGCUGAUUUUGAGGAUUGAUCGUAAUUUUGAAUUUUUGCAGGGUGAACUGGGCUCCUAUUUUAUCUAUAUUCUGUUAAGAUGUCCCGUAAGGUCAUCUUGCUAUUGAACAAAGCACUUGAGGUUUCUAUAAGUUAUUGGUGUCAUUGGCUAUAUUUAUCAAAAUUUACUAAAGUUUCAUGUGUUUUGCCGUUAAUAAUACGAUGGUCACACUUUUGUAGAAGAGGAAACGAUUUACUACUUUUCAGGAUAGCUUCCAUUCCAUGUUUGCUCACGCUGUUACGUUCGCCGAAGUGAUGUGCCCUGUUCCUACUUGCGACUCGAUUAAAUGGUAAACCUCAAAUGGUGGCAACCUCGUGUACCAAAACCUUGUACUUUCCGUUACUGAAUUGCUAACUUGAGCGGUUAUAUGCUCUGUAAAAUGUCCUUUAGGAAUCUUUUGUUGUUGGAGAGCGCAUUCAUCCUUCAAUGAAGUCGUGGUGCUGGCUGGUGGUACUAGAAUUACGCAUCCGUUGCAUAAUUAUUUCAUUUUACUCUGAUAUGUAAGCAAAUUAUUCAUCAUCGAGCGAAUAUCCAUCUUCGACUUCAGCAGUUUUGGUUUAAUCUGCUUGUUUGCAUUCUUCAAUUAAUUCUCGUCACUGAACUUGGUCGGUUUGUCUGAACAUCUUAGGUACUCUGUUCCAUUGUUUUCAUCAAUUUCGUUCAUCCGUUUACAGAGGCAUGGUAAAUAAUGAAAUUGAAAUUCACUGCCAAAUGCCUUUAAUGGGAUGGGCUGAAAUUUAAAACGCGUAGAUAGGCUUUACAUGGCUCGGGUUAUACCAGUUAAUAUCGUUAAUUUGUUGUCCCCAGUGUCAUUACGGCGACCGCUUCCAGCCGUCUUUUAUGAAUAUGUCAAGUCAUGAGUAGCUUUCUCUACUGGCAAUCGACUUUGCUCAAUAAAUUCGAGUUCCUAAAUUAUAGAGGCAUUUUCGACUUAGAGUUUGGAAGAAAUUGGAGAUAAGUGCCUACUCGUAGGCAAACGUUCGUAUCGUUCUGAAUUAACGUUCUAAAGUGCAAUAUUUUAUUUGGGCUUACAGUCUAGCAAACUCUACCUGCUUAUACUGCAAGUGGCGUUAUCUCUCAGCAGUACAUAACGAGGUGCACUUGUUAUUCCAGCUGCUGAAUCAUUCAAACAUCUCGCGGUGAGUCGUAAGUGAUCAAUUUGUUUUACUAAGAUAUCGAGUUUUGCUAGUAAUCGAUUUAGGCGCCGAAACCUUGAACCGCGGAGCUCAGUCCCAACGUCGGUGCAUUAUUUAUGUGGCCAAGUUUCUUCUUAGCCUCGCUUGUGUCGAAGUUACGAAGGCUUCCAUUUGUGCUCGCGCGUGAUGUUCGUUGUAGGAGUCAGCGAGGCGCCGCCCGUUCCGAUGCCUCCCAUGAAUAGCAUUUCCAUUACCGUUAUUCCUAGAUUUCUUACGGUCGUCGGACGUUCAAAAACUAGUGUGGGUCUGGCUUCUUCGGUUGACCUUGGACUUCGUUUCAUGGUGAAUGUACACUUGUACAGUUUGAACUGCUGCUAAUUUUUGAGAAUUUGUCCAAUGCUAUUAUAAAUAGUGUAAAAUAUGUAUAGGAUGCUUUUCUCCAUUUGAACCCUGUUGUCGUUUGGAAAUAUUUGCUGAUUGUAUACAGUUGUACUUAAGGCGCUCAAAGACGAGGAUCUGUUAGCUCCUCCUCUUCAUGAUCAUCGUCAUAAGAAUUGGAUGGAAUAUUCUCAUGAACUGUACAUUAUUGAUACGAAUCAGGUUUAAUAGAAUGCAUCACAUCGAUUGGAGUCUAUUGCUCUCGCAUAUUUUCUAUGUUUACUUUGUAAGCGAGUUAACUCUGUGGAGAGACGCACUCAUUCGACGCUUACACUAGGAAUAAUGGUUAUGAUUAGUACGGUAUUGUGAUGGGUAGAGCGGGCUUAGGGAUCACGCCAUCAACCGUCCACUUUCCAAUGUACUGAUCCACAAACAAACGCAUUUUUUUAUAAAUUCCUCAUCUUUGUGAAAGUUUUCUACCAUGUCAAACCCAUAGUUUGCGCCACUGCUUCGUGAUUGCCAGAUUGCCAACCCUCGGUGCUGUUAAGUUACUUAGGUCUCAACCUUCUCUGGUAUUAAUUGACUGCAAAUUUACUAAUUUUCAUUGAAAAUUGACUGGAAUUGAAUCGUUCUUUUUUCAGGGUAGGUGUUCAUUUCUACUUCAGUUCUAUUUAGCUAUUCAGUUGUGUAUCUAUCAAGUUAUUUCAAAUCAAAAUGCGUGCGUGUGUUUUAUGAUUUCUCUGGAACGGUCGGGUUUGAUGUCGCGAGUUCUUGAUUUGCUCGUGUUAUGUGGUUAACAUUGAAUAAGAUCAGAGUCUUGGAUAAGAGCAAUGAUGGAUAUCGAAGAUGAAGAAUCGUUGUUCUGGUGAAGAGAAAGACAAGAAAAUAGGAAAAACUGUGUUGAAUUUGGCCAGAUUUUUGUGUUUGUUGUGUCGGGCAAGAAUUCUAUUCUGGAAGCUUUUCAAAGGGGUACUGUUGUGGCACUGAGCGACAUGACACCAAUUAUUUUCGAGAGUUGAUUUUUCAUUUACCGCAAAAAAAAUUUCGUCACGACUUCUUUUGUACUGUAUUAUUGAUAGGAUUCACUCAAAAUUUUGCUCACAGACAUCUUGUCUCCUGUUUUUUUUUUUAAAUUUUAUUGCUUCCAUGGUCAACCAUCAUCGGUAGGGAUUUUUCAUAUGUGAAUCGUCCUUUGCAAGUAACGUCAUAUCAGUUCCCAUAGUCUUAUUUUGCCAGUUCUAAUUAAGUUCUUGGCCAUAUUACUUGUUCAGACGAAUGUCAUGCUUAUUGCGUCGGCAGCAUAUUCGGCGCUCAAUAGCGACACCUUCGCCUCGCCAAUUAAUUUUUUUACUUCUGAUUUUUAGAAUGGACAGCAUUGUUCUAAAGAUAGCUCAGCUUUCUUGUGAUUCAAACGUCCAUGUGAAUGACCCUUCCUAACACUGUUAUUUAUUAUGACAAAGUCUAGUAGGUUUUGCAACUAUGGUUUGAAGGUAUUUCACGAGAUAGCACUAAUCCUGUAAAGGCUUGGCGAAUACGUCGCUGAUUUGGCGUUUAAACACUGCCGUCGUUUAUAGCUGCAUUCUGCUUGAAUAUGUUUGCGAAAAAUGUAUGUCUAUGUUGGUAAUGUUCAGGAAACUUGUUGAGCUACGAGCUGUACAUGUAAACUAAGAUGAUCUCAUUUGUUGUAGGAGCAGCUGCGCUAUGUUAAUUGAAAUCCCUUCUCUAAACAUUGUAUCGGCAUUUCAUUGAGUGGGUGUUAAGUGGUUCACUUGUCCUCUCUUCUUGGUAUUUUGACCGAAUUACUCCAGCUGUAGAAUUUAUUCCGAAAUUUAACGAUCGCCGUGACCUUAGGAUCGCAAUAUCGGCUACCUGAAGUAUCUCCAAAUUCUUCCUUGAAUUUCCUUGAACUUUCCGCUACCUAAAAUGAUUUCAGUUUUGUAUGAAAAGUAUCGGUUUGGUGCAACUUGGCAGUUUUUAAUUGACGGCGAGCCAGCGUUCGCGCAGGUGCAGAAGUUGUCAAGGUUCAAACGUCAGCAUUCCUGUUAAAUGGAGUUUCCCGUCGAAAUUAAAUUAUUGAGUUGUUAACGAAUGGUAAUUGCUUUGCAUAUCAUUCUUUUAUUGUGGAUCUGAGUAUGUAUAGGGGUCUCUUACUGCUCUUCAAUAAACCAACUUUUAGAACUGUUUUUAUUCGCUGUUGAGUUGGGCUUAUCCUGGGAUUCUUCUGUGGCUCAUGUGGAGAUAUUCUUCAUGUUUAUUUAAUACCGUUAAACUUACUUGGUGAUUGUGGUCGCCGAAGUUUGACGCGUUAGUGUCCAGUAGCUCGGUCGAGUACGUGAACUGAAUUAAAAGUGAUACGCUUGCAAUCUUGUUCUCUUUCUCGUCCACCGAACUGUUUGCUGCUUCCUCGAGUUCAGACACGAUACGAAAAAUGCUGGGAAAAGCAGCUCUGAUCUAAUGCAUUGGCUUAACCUCGUUUCAUGCCGAGAAAUAUCCCACGUUCCUCUAAGAUUUUACUUACAAAUUAGAAGGUUUUAUGUAGAAGAUAGGAUUCUUUGUGUGCUGGACGAUGAGUGGAAGUUCCUCCAGAUUUUGAGCAUUUAUUUAGAGGCGUAAAUGGCUCUUUCCGACUUCUGAAGUGAGCUCAGAGUAUUGGUAAUAGUUUAUCUAUGUGUCAAAGUCGGCAAUGUCAAUGUGGCAAUUUCAUAAUUUAUGACGCCCAAACAUUGGAUAACUGGUAACGUUCAUGCUCCCAACCGUUUAAGUUUGGCAUAUCCAGGCGUGUAAUACAAGAAGAUAAAUGCUUUAACAAGAAAUAUUUUUUAAUUUCAGCUCGAGGUGCUUGCCUUUUAAUUUAGUAUUAUGCGAUCGUGCUUCCCCAUGACAACUUAGUUGCUAGUCGCUAAGUAAUGGACGAUAUUGAUGAAUGAUCUCUUAAGCCCGCCUCCUGUUCACCUCGACGUUAGGGAUGUUUUCAAGUCUCCGUGGUGGCACAUUUCUUAUCGUAGUAACGGAACAUAACUCCCGUCUGAUAAUUUAUAGCAUCCAUUUGGGGUUCGGCCAGAAGUGCCGAAAGUCUAAAACCGAACGCCUAAAUUCCUGAAACUAGCUGAUUACUUUAACUGAUUUUUAUAAACGAAAGAUUUUCGUACACUUGUUGUUCUGUCCUCACAACAACUAACGUUCAGGAAACAAGAAACCGCAGUGCAAAACAGUAAUAACCUUUUAUCUCGCGGAAACGUGUGAAGCAACUCAAGAAAAACGUUGCUAGUAUCGUGAGCAGAAGAGCCUGCUACGAUACGAGCGAAAGCAAACUUUACUGGAAAGCAAACAUACAAAUAAUCGCUCCGGCACCUGAAACAUUUCAAGUGAUAUUAAAUACACUUAAUUUUCCUGUGA